AUGAACGGACGUGACGAUGAAUUGCAGCUGGCUAUCUAUAGGCCUCCCCCAAGCUUCACCGGCGGGUGCCUGGAAAUACGCCUCUUUUACGUUCGGAUCGCGCCCUGCGCGGUGGACGGCCUCCCCGACCAGCUAAAGCUCCGACACCUCCGCCGCGAGCUCGGCGUCCAUCUGGAAGUCAACGGUGCGCGCAUCCCGCCGUCCGACGCUGUCUGCAUCAACCUUCGCCGCGAUCGUGUUGACAAGGAUUCAUCCGAGGUAACGUACGUCAGCACCGAUAGCGUCCGGGUCUCGGGCCCCAUGGAGUUCGAGGUCUGCGAGGAAGGGGACGCCGGGUGCUGCUCUGGGGCUCCGGUGAUCUUGAUGAAGACUGUGUUGGUUAGUCCUAGGAGGAAGGUGAGGCAUGGGGUGACGCUGGAUGCAAUUCCCGAGGAUGAGGAGAUUGGGAAGGAACAGAUGAAUCUAUGCAAUGGGGUGGUGAGACAGAGAAAAUUACAGUUGAUGCCUGCUGAUAUGGAUGAAUAUGACUCGGACGGAAAAGUCUCAUAUGGCAAUUACUCUGAAGAAAUGUACCCAGGUGAGGACGGCCAGCUCACGUGGUUCAAUGCUGGUGUGAGGGUUGGUGUCGGGAUAGGUCUCGGUAUGUGCCUUGGCGUGGGAAUUGGUGUUGGCCUGCUCAUGCGGUCUUAUCAAGCCACGACCAGGAGUUUCAGGAGAAGGUUUUUCUGA